CUCUGGGUGACUUGUCGCCGCAGGGUAGUGUGGCAAUCGGGGUCGUUGUUGGGGUGAUCUCGACCAGUCUGCAGGCGAUCGGACUGACGUUGCAGCGCAAGUCGCAUAUUCUCGAGGAUGAAAAGCAUCCGUAUGAUCUCCGUCGACCACCGUACAAGCGUCGAAGAUGGCAGCUGGGGAUGCUGAUGUUCGUGGUCUCGAACAUCGUCGGCAGCACGAUCCAGAUCACGACGCUACCACUGCCUGUUCUCUCGACUCUGCAAGCCUCCGGCCUGGUCUUCAACACGAUAUUUGCAACGCUCAUUCUCGGCGAACCCUUUACGAGAUACUCGCUCUUCGGAACAAUACUGGUGUGCAUGGGCGCGGUGCUCAUCGCCACGUUUGGGGCCAUCGGUGAGCCUGCACAUACUCUGGACCAGCUGCUCGAGCUGCUAAAGCGCCGGCCGUUCAUUCUGUGGAUGGCUGGAACGGUGGUGAUCGUCCUGGUGAUCCUGUCCGUGUCGCGAGCUCUCAGGUCGCUUUCAUCUCCGUACCUGCGCCUGAAGCCGCGGCCGCUGCGUCUCCUCUCGCCCCUGCAAGCGCCGUACACGCCCAAGGGGCAGGCGCGUGUGCGGCUCUUCUGCGGCAUGUGCUUCGGCCUUGUCAGCGGCAUUCUCUCGGCGCACUCCCUGUUGCUAGCUAAAUCGGCCGUGGAGCUCGUCGUGCGAACCGUCGUGGACCGCGUCAAUCAGUUCAACCGGUGGCAGUCAUGGGUGAUCCUGCUGGGCAUGAUCGUCCUCGCUCUCACGCAGCUCUUCUACCUGCACCGCGGCCUCAAGCUGUGCAGCACCAGCGUGCUGUACCCGUUUGUCUUCUGCAUCUACAACAUCAUCGCCAUUCUCGAUGGCUUGAUUUACUUUCGCCAGGUCGGCCAGCUCUCCGCCAUGCACGCCGGUCUCAUCGCCCUGGGUACCAUCAUCCUCCUCAGCGGCGUGCUCUGCCUCUCCUGGCGACUGGAAGACAUCGACAGCCACGCUGGGGUCACCGCCACGGCACCCUCGCAGACGGGAUUAGGCCCAGGGAUUGGCGGCGUGAUGGAUGAACACCUCCACCACCACCCGCCUUCACCAGAUAGAAUGACGAACCGCACCCUGGAUUUGGAAAGCGCCGAGGCCGCCCGGCUACUGGGCGAAUACGAACCCCUCCUCGAGAGACGCAGGCGAUCUCACGAGCGGACCCCCAGUCUCCCGAGCUCGGCCUCCAUCUGGGCCGAACUCGACGACGACGACGACGACGGCGACGACGAAGCCGAAGCCGAGGACGAAGAUAAUCUCUAUAGAAGCGACUCGUCUCGUUUCAAAUCCGCCCCCGCAUAUCGCCCCCGCAGCAAGAGCAGUCCGUUUUUUCCCCCCCGCCUGCUCGCCGGCCGGCGAAGCCUCCGUUCAAGCCAAACGUGGGGGUCUCGGUCUAGACGCGUGCCAAACUGGCGACGGACCUCUCUCCCAAUCUCAACCGCAUCCACGGCCUCACCACCACCCAGGAGAUCUCUCCUCGCUUCAUCAUCCACCACAAUCUCAUAUGGGGCCAUCUCAACCGAACACCGUCCUCGUCGUCACGAUACUGCUUCUCCUCGCUCCCAGCCUAUUCCUACUACUCCUCCUACUACUUCCCCCCGCUCCAAUCUCUUCCGGCGUGGACUCUGGUAUUUUCAGCGGUGGAUGGGCGGCGGGCCCUACAACCAGUGAUUGACGGAGGCCAAGGCGGAACCCAAGAUCCCGAUUCGAUAGGAAUAGAAAUCAUGUCCACAUUUAAUAUAUAACAUAACUACCUGGGUCCCCAUUCUUGUAUUGCUAAGUCCAUUGGAUCAGACACAAACACAGACAGCUCCUUAUGAAUCUCCUCGUUCCUCUGUACUACAAGUGUUCGUAAGAACUAAAAUCUACUCAUGAUAUAGUCUUGAAGUUAUUUCAAUCAUGGAUUAGUUUGACGUGGGACGCGACUUUGACAUAACAUGACUAGGAAGAAGAAAUAGGGGAAAAGAAAGAGAGGAAAUAAGAAAGGAAAAGGAAAAAAAAAAAUAGAGAGAAAUCGAGAAUAACCACUUCGCCACGGAAAUCAAGUACACCCUGAACACCGCCACCUCCACCGUCGUCUAGGAGAUGCUGAACGGAAAACAAAACCCGGAUUAAGCCCAGCCUGGUUUCCCGACUAUUU